AUGUCACUUCGAACACCCAUGUUGAGAGCGACUGCUGCUAGACGAGCAGGUCAAUCUGUUAAUCUCAGAACUCAAGUAGUUAGAAGGAGAUUCGCAUCUUCCGGACCUGAAGUAAAUCCACCCCCUCCUCCUAGAUCAUCAUCCGUACCUUACCUUCUCGCAGGUGUAGGUCUUGCAGCUGCUGGUGCCGCAUACCUAUUCUACGGUACUGACGGUACACCAAGAGAUACAGCUAAAGAACUCAAAUCAUCCGCAAGGGGUGUAGCAGCUGCCGCGGAAGGUAAAUUGGGCUUAAGACAUAGUCAACAAGACUAUCAAAAAGUUUAUGAUGCAAUCGCUGAGAAAUUGGAACAAGAGGGAUACGAUGAUGGAUCUCUCGCUCCCGUUCUUGUUCGACUCGCUUGGCACUCAUCUGGUACUUACAACAAAGAAGAUAACACCGGUGGAUCCAAUUAUGCUACCAUGAGAUUCAAGCCUGAAGCCGAACACGGUGCUAACAAUGGACUGAACAUCGCUCGAGACCACAUGCAAAAGAUCAAAGACGCUUUCCCUUGGAUUUCUUACGGUGAUCUUUGGACACUCGGUGGUGUAGUCGCAGUUCAAGAAUCAGGUGGUCCAACUGUACCUUGGAGACCUGGAAGAAUCGAUGGUUUCGAACAUCACGUUACUCCAGAUGGUAGAUUACCUGAUGCUGCCCAAGCUCAAGACCACUUGAGAUUCAUCUUCUACCGAAUGGGCUUCAACGAUCAAGAAAUCGUAGCUCUUUCGGGUGCUCACGCACUGGGUCGAUGCCAUACCGACCGAUCCGGUUUCGAAGGACCAUGGACCUUCUCACCUGUCACUUUCUCCAAUCAAUAUUUCACUCUUCUUCAGGACGAACCUUGGCAAUGGCGAAAGUGGAAGGGUCCAGCUCAAUACGAAGACAAAAAGACUAAAUCUCUUAUGAUGCUUCCUACCGACAUGGCUCUUGUCAAGGACAAAUCGUUCAAGAAAUUCGUUGAUAUCUACGCCAAAGACGAAGAUGCUUUCUUCAAAGACUUCUCCAAAGCCUUUGCUAAACUUCUUGAACUCGGUGUUCCAACCUCUCAAUUCGCUGGUGACGCUUGGAAGAUGGGCAGCGAAUAG